AUGACCGUUGACACAACUUCAACCACAAGGAGAAUACCACCAAACCCUGCUGUGCCCACUCCAUCUCAAUCAACCUCUGCCUCCUCAUCCAUUUUUCUUCGCAAAAAGAAGCCAACCGUUGCACACACAGGCAGCCGCCCGCUCCUUCGACCCUUCACCAACACCGCCAUCGACUACAACAACCCCGGAAAGUUCGACCCAGUCCCAGUCAAACCAACAGCGCGCGGCACUGCCAUCAGCACUCCAGGAUCCACGCCCUCCUCAGGCUCAGGCUCACCCAUUAUCACUGCAAGCUCGGUCAUCAACCCAACUACACCUUUCACUUUCGACAACCAUACGUCAGAAAGCAAUGCUAACCUAACAGCGACGUCGGGAAAGAGCACAAAGACUCUUCGGGAGAGCCCUAGCCAAUCCUUCCGCAAGCGCGCUGGAAGCUUUGAUCCCCCAGCUAGCAGCCAAACCAAUGAAGAGGGGCUUACCAUUCUCAGGAUCAAGCGCAGAAGGAAUGAGGAGCCAUUGGACACUCUUGUUGUACAGGAGCAACUGGAAAAGUUGGCAGGAAAGAAGCAACGGAAGACUGAGGAUGAGGGUCAGCGGGAGAAAGAGAACACAGCUGCAGGACUAAUGCCACUUCCAAAGGCAGCGCCGGCGGUUUUCAGAUUGGCAACCACGGUCAAGAAGGAGCUCUUCAAGGACCCAACUCAGUCGAGCAAACUCAGGGAAAAAAUCACGAAUAUGGCAGAGUCAUCGCCCCGACCAAGAUCCCGAUUGAUGGAUCGCCACACUGUCGACUUCGAUGAGCGCGUUCAGGAGAGACGAGGCGAGCUGGCAGAGACAAAACGACAGGAAGCACGCACAGCUCGCUACAGAGUCAUCAACCAGAAUCGCUCCGGAUACUCAACCCCUAAUACCAAACUUCCUCCCAAAGUCAAGUCGUCCCAAGAGGUUGCGGCUGAGGCGCAGUUGGAUAUGUUCAAGAUGUACGACGCCGUUAAGGAGGAUGAGCCCAAGACCAAGAAGCAACUUGCUCAGGAAGCAGAGGAGGCUGAUAUUAUGUGCAACUUUCUGCCCAUGGUUCGCGAAUACUUGACAAUCUCGGACAACAAGGCUGACCCCAAGAUAUCUGUGGAUGAAGCUGCAGCCAGUGGACGACUUUCAUCGGCAUCAAACAGAAGAGACGAAGCUGGAGGAGCUUCUGACUCUGAGGACGAAUAUGUCUAUGACAUUUACUAUCGUGAUAUUAAUGCUGACCACGCCAAAGAGUCUCAGCACCGUGCCAUUGGAUCCUUGCUUUGGUUCAGCGACGACGAGAACAAUUUUAUGAACGAGGAUGACUCGAGCGACGAUGACUAUGAAGACUCGGACUCGAAUGCAGAGGACUACUAUCAGAACGACUAUCCUGAAGACGAGCUUAGCGACGGCGCGCAUCCAUACGAGCUUUCGACUGAUGAUGAUGAUGAGGAAUACAUAUACUAG